AUGCCUCUUGCGUCCCCUUUUGCGCCUCUCCACAUCGAGCAAACGGACCUGUUGGCCUACCUCUUUCCGCCUGGCCAGCAUGUCUCUGACAAGCCGCUAUGGAUCGAUGCCACCAACCCCGAGCGUUCCCUGUCGCCCCGCCAGAUGCUGCAGUGGAUAAAGAGGCUGGCCAUCGGUCUGGACAAAGUUGGCUGUGCCCGCGGCCAGGUGGUUUUGACGUACACGCCAAACCACAUCUUCGUCCCCACUGUCUACAUGGCUACCGUUGGAUCUGGAAGGAUCUUUAGCGGAGCAAAUCCCGCUUACGCCGAACAAGAGUUGUUGCACCAGCUGAAGGACACCGGAGCUCAGGUCCUCCUGGUGCAUCCCUCCCUUGUCAAAACCGCAGUCUCUGCCGGCCAAAGAGCUGGUCUUUCUACCGACAGGAUCUUCCUGUUCUCGGAUGAGGUGCACAGUCCCGUUGGUGGGGUACGUGAUUGGAGGGAAAUGAUCGGGUCGACCAAGCAGGCAGACAGCUAUCAGUGGAAGCGUAUGGCUGGACCUGAGUCCAGAGACACCGUGGCUACGGUAAACUACUCUUCCGGUACUACCGGUCUGCCAAAAGGAGUCUGCAUAUCCCACUCCAGCCUUAUCUCGAAUGCCGAGCAGGUGAUAUACAUGCGCUACGCAUUCAAGGAACGGACGACAGAAAGAUGGACCGGGUUUCUACCCUUGUACCACGCCUAUGGACAGCUCUAUGCCAACAUACUGGCCGUCAAACUGCACGCAACUGUGUACAUCAUGAAGCAGUUUGUUUACGAGGACUUCCUCCGUGUAGUUGAGACGUACAGGAUCAAUUCUUUGCAGGUCGCGCCGCCUAUCCUGGUGAUGAUGAGCAAACGUCCGGAGACAUCGAGAUACGACCUCAGCAGUAUCGAAGAGAUCACGUGUGGCGCGGCGCCACUCUCCAAGGAAUUAGCAGAUGACAUCGUCAGACGCUUCAAUGUGACUCUGAAGCAGGGCUACGGCAUGACGGAAACGACCUGUGCAGCCAUUGUUAUGCCUGGUGGAGCUGACCAGGUCGAAGACAAUACCGGCUGUGUUGGCCAGUUGUGCCCAAACACUGAUUGCGUCCUCCGGGAUGAUGACGGAAAUGAGGUCCCAGCCGGUCAGCCUGGAGAAAUGUACAUUCGCGGGCCUCAGAUUUGCCUGGGCUACUGGAGAAACGACCAAGCUAGCAAAGAAACUCUGAGUUCUGAUGGCUGGCUGAGGACCGGUGACAUUGCUGUGCAGCGGGAUGGCUGGUUUUGGAUUGUUGACAGGAAAAAAGAGCUUAUUAAAGUGAAUGGGCUGCAGGUGGCUCCGGCGGAACUUGAAGCCGUCUUACUCGAGCACGAAGACAUCGCUGAUGCUGCGGUUGUAGGCGUGACGUUACGUGGCGAAGAGUGGCCACGGGCAUACGUUUCCCUGAAGGGUGACAAGAAGGGGAAAACGACGGAGAAGCAGAUACAGGACUGGAUUAAAGUCAAGGUUGCCAGAUACAAGCAGCUGGCCGGCGGCGUAUCGUUUGUCGAUGAGGUGCCGAAGCUGCAGAGUGGCAAGAUUAUGCGCAAGGUUCUUAGGCAAUGGGCGAGCCGCGAUUCCCCAGCGUUGGAGGCCAGUGUAACAGCGAAGCUAUGA